AUAAUGGCGCUCCACGGUGGCUUACUCGUGUGUCUGAGAGGACUCACUAAAGUCUCCGAAUGUGUUCGAAUGGGACGCACAGUAACGCCCAACUGGAGCAGAGAAAUGCGGUGGUACGCGACAAAAACUGGACGAAUUUAUGAAACGGAUGCGUCAUGUGAUCAGACUAAACGAAAUUACCCAGAGCUAUUAAAGGAGUUUCCAGAACCAAAAUGCCUCCUACAUAACACCAUUGCUCGGUCACUGGGAAUCAAUGAUCUGUCCCAGCUUGUCCAGUACAGCUAUACCGAGAACCGUGGUGUCAAGAAAGCUAUUGUCACACUAUCAUGGCCCUGUAAGAUUGAAGAGGUGGGUUAUGCCUCAAAGAAGAUGGAUGCUGAACGAUUUGCUGCAGCUGCUGCUUGUCUCAAGCUAAAAGAAAUGGGUCUUAUUGGCCCAAACAAUCAGCUUCCCGGGAGGAGAGCUGGCCACAGGAGAGGAGAGCGACAAUCUAUCGUCUAUGGUAAUGAGGAGGACGUUUGCACAGAUAACGGCCUUAACGCAGAUGUAAAAAGACACCAGCCCUCUGUAGAAGACCCCGCUGUUGCUGAAGCGCUCUCCCUCUUUCCUCAUCCUAGAGCACUCUUAUCUAGAGUCAUCCAGGUGGCCACAUCAUCUGACAGACUCAGGGAGCUUAUGAGUUUCAGAACAACAGGAGGGAAGCAAAAGAAGUGUGAACUGACUGUGCUCUGGCCAGACAAGAUGACGUUCACAGCUACAGCGAGAAACAAAGUGGCGGCAGAGAAAAGGGCUGCAGCUCUUGCAUGCAUGCAACUGAAGGAGCUGCAGCUGCUUGAUAAAAACAACAAUCCGCUGACUCAUGCCAGGUACCACCAUGAGAAGGUGAGGGAGGCUGGGAAUAGGGAGAAACGCCCCCUACCACUAGAAAUCUCAGAAUACCUGGAGAGUCGCAUAAGGGAGCAUCUUGCACAGUACCCGGCGGCAACAGAAGUACAGAAGUUAUGGGAGGAGGAAGAGGCGAGAGGACAGCAGUCGGUCAACCAGGAGGAUGAUGAAGAGGAGGAAGAUUUAGUAACAGACGCCAUCACAGGCAGACCGUAUAAACCUUUGUCUGAACAAGAGACUCAUGAGCUCAGCAACUACCUACAGGAGGAAUGGGAGAGGGCAAACCCCAGACUGAGUCUGGCGCUCCCAGUCGAUGGCCACCGUCAACGUGUGGUCUCGGCCGUGCAGUCCUCACAGGUGGUUGUGAUUGCUGGUGAAACGGGAUGUGGCAAAACGACACGGAUCCCCCGCUUCCUGCUCGAGGACUGCGUGAGAGGUGGUGAGGGAGCUGAAUGCAACAUCCUGGUGACCCAGCCUCGUCGGAUCAGCGCUGUGUCAGUGGCACAGCGAGUUGCUCAUGAGAUGGGCCCGGCUCUGAAAAGCUCUGUGGGAUAUCAGGUGAGACUUGAGAGCCGACCCCCAGAGCACAGUGGAGGAGCAUUACUCUUCCUCACUGUGGGCGUUCUGCUGAGGAAGCUGCAGUCAAACCCAUCCCUGAAAGGAAUCAGCCACAUUGUGGUGGAUGAGGUCCAUGAGAGAGACAUAAACACAGACCUGCUGCUGGCUUUACUACAAUCCACCCUCAAAGAGAACCCUAACCUAAGAGUAGUGCUUAUGAGUGCUACUGGGGACAACCAGAGGCUGGCUCAGUAUUUUGGAGGCUGUCCUAUUGUGAAGGUGCCAGGUUUUAUGCAUCCAGUCAAGGACAGAUACCUGGAGGAUGUGCUGAGAGAGAUGGGACGCCAAGUGCCAGUCCAAGACAGGGAGGAGACAAAGGUUUUUGGAGGAAGAGAUGACGCUGCGCCUGAUCUAGAUUUAAUAGCUGAUGUUAUUGAACACAUUGACAGACAUAAAGAGCCAGGUGCAAUCCUGUGUUUCCUCCCCGGAUGGCAGGACAUCAAGGCAGUCCAGGAGAAACUCAAGGAGAAAUCACACUUUUCCUCUGGCUCACAGCUGAUCCUGCCAUUGCACUCUAGUUUAUCAGUGGCUGACCAGCAGACUGUGUUCCAGCGCCCCCAGAUGGGCCAGAGGAAGAUUGUGCUCGCCACCAAUAUUGCGGAGACCUCUAUCACCAUAGAUGACAUUGUUCAUGUUGUGGAUACAGGAACUCACAAACAACAGAAUUAUGACCCACGGACAAAGGUCUCCUGUCUGGACACAGUUUGGAUAUCCCACUCUAAUGUCACUCAAAGGAAAGGGAGAGCAGGGCGAUGUCAGCCAGGACAAUCCUACCACCUUUUUCCAAAAAAACAGCUGGAGUACAUGACUCAGUUCCCAGUCCCUGAAAUCCUGCGUACCCCACUGGAGAGUUUAGUCGUGCAGACCAAAAUCCACAGCCCCGAAUGCAAGGCUGAAACAUUCUUAUCCCAAGUGUUAGACAGUCCAGAGCGAGAUGCUGUGAGAGAUGCUAUCCAAAAUCUACAAGUCAUCGGAGUUCUAGACAAGACGGAAACCCUGACACCUUUAGGAGAGCGUGUUGCCGGCAUGUCAUGUGACCCUCGACUUGGCAAAUUGCUCGUUCUGAGUGCCAUGUUCAGGUGUGUUCUGCCCAUGUUGUCUAUCGUUGCCUGUCUGACCAGAGAUCCUUUCCACAACAGUCUUCAGAACAGAGCAUUAGUCAACAAGGCCAAAAAAGCUCUUAGUGGCUCCAGCUACAGUGAUUACUUGGUGUUCAGCAGAGCUGUGUUGGGCUGGAAAAGAAUUCAGAAGGAGGGCGACAGAGAAGACAGAGAUGAGUAUUUGGAACAGAAUACUCUAUCCAAGGCCAGCCUUCGAUUUAUCAAUGGGCUCAUCUCUCAGUUCAGUGAGAACCUGCAUGACGCAAAGCUGGUUUCUCGUGCCAGUGCGUGCCAGCACCACACUUCUCUCUGCAAUGAGCACAGGGACCAGGAUGAGCUUCUUAAAGCUGUGCUACUGGCUGGACUAUAUCCCAACCUCAUUCAGGUUAAGAAAGGUCUUGUGGUCAAAGGGCGUUUUCGCCCCAACGGAGUGCUUUUCAACACACUCACCGGACCAGUGCUGCUUCACCGUUCGUCAGUCAACAGAGGAAAAGACGAUUUCCCAAGUCGCUGGCUGACCUUUUUUUACGCAGUCAAGUCAAACGGGAGCGUUUUCAUCAGAGACUCUUCUGUGGUUCACCCACUCGCUCUGCUGCUGCUCACAGACUGCGAUAUCGCAGAGACAGUGGUUGGAGACAGAGUGGAAGUGUCUUUUCCCGGUCGCUCUCUGGUGCGCUGUGAGCUGACAGCUGGCACGUGGGAGCUGCUGUGGGAUCUGCGUACGUCGAUUCAGACCAUGCUGCACCGAAACCUGAGCAAUCCCGACAACACAUUCACCAAUUCCGCCCAAGAUGGAAAGCUCCUCUCCUUACUGGUAGAACUGCUGAAAAAUUCAGACUCAAACACUCUCGCUCUGGAUAACAGUAGUGACGCUGAGGUGGAUUAAAGACUUGGAGUGCUUCCCAUGCUUGUGCAUUGGCUUUACUGGCUGGUACAGAGGAACCUAAGAAGAUAUCUUCUAUCUUUCUUUCAUUUUUUUUAUUUAUUUUUUUGUGCAGAAUUGUUUUAAGAAAGCACCUUAAGCACAGAAGUGUUCAUGAAAAAUCCACAUUGGGAUGUCAUUUACCUUUUUGACGUUAAUGAUAAACUUGAACUGAGGCUAAGUAAUCAUUGGUGUAGUUUUUGGGACAAAGGUUUAUUGGCCUUGAAUGAUAAUUUGCUUUCUGGAAAGCAGAAGUUGAAUUUUACUCUAACAAGUAAAGGCAGAAUGUCUGGCCAAAGGUCAUUUAAAAUGUACCACAUGCAGU